AUGCUCAAGCUAUGGGCUGCAGCUCUACCAGAGGAAACUCGAAUGGACCUCAGCGGCAUCUCCUGCCUCACAGACGCUGCUCUCACUCGCCUCGCCUCAUUGCAAUCCCUCAAAACUAUCAACCUCAGAGGCUCCUCCGGCUUCACAGCAGCAGGGAUGAGGAAGCUGUACUCCCUCACAGGCCUGCGUUGUUUGGAGCAGGGUUCUGCUGCCACAACGGAUGCUGGUCUGGAAGGUGUGACUGACUCCGGCUUGAAGUACCUGAGCAAUAUGAAAAGCUUGGAGAGGCUUUCACUGAAGAAUGCCAGCAUCACAGCAGCAGGCAUGAAGUGGCUCACGGGUCUCACGUCCCUGCAGAAGGUUGGGACUUUGUCGAGCGAGAUUAAGGAAUUCAUAAGGGACACUCUCCCUUGGGCAAUCGCCACAUCAGGUCACAUCGAUGCUUGA